AUGUAUUGCCAAAAAUGCCGUACUCCACUCCGGCUUGACGGUUCGCUGGAGGACCUGAAUCCCGCAGCGUAUGACUUACUCGUCGCGACGCAUUCGCAACAGGGCCCAAAGAAACCGACCACUCCCCGGACUCUCCACUCACAAGACCGUACCCGGAAGGCGACAUACGACCGAGCAGCUCGAAAUGCGCCUCCGCCGAUAUUCAAGCGUCAUGGGGGGGCUAGUCGGGGCGAUGGUCACGGUCGUGAUAACUCCGCUAUGUCAUUCAUCUUCCUGACCGAGUCCCAAAUAGCGCCGCCGAAUUCGGCCCUACAAAGGAAUCAGCAGCUGCAGAAUACUUCGGCAACACCAGCAGGCGCCGCCAACAGUCCCGAAGACGAAGAGGACGCUAACAAAUCGUACGAGGUAGAGCGUAUCACCAAACUUUUCGAAAUACUCUCUGCUCGCUCCGACAUCGACCACCCCGUCUGCGUUGACUGCACAGACGGACUGCUGGAGGAGUUGCAAAAGAAGCUGGAAAUCACGACACGGGAACGGGAUGCAUACAUUGGGUUCCUGAAGGAGAUACAAGCCAGCACACCGACAGAUGGGGAGCUACGGGCUCGGGAGGAAGCUCUUCGGAAAGCACAACAGGCAGAAGCCGCGGCACGUGAAGAGGUUCGCCAGCUGGAACGGGAAAAGGAAACACUCGAUGCCGAACUCCGUGCUCUAGAAGCAGACAGCCAGCAACUAGACGCCCAAGAAGAGGCAUUUUGGCGCGACCGUAAUGCCUUUGCAAGCCGGCUCGCCGAUUUCCAAAACGAGCGCGACAGCAUCAACAGCAAAUUCGACCACGACUCACGCCAGCUUGAAAAACUUCAGCGCAGCAACGUAUAUAAUGACACAUUCUGGAUCAGCCAUGACGGAACCUUUGCCACCAUUAACGGCCUUCGCCUGGGCCGCCUCUCCGCCAACCCCGUCGAUUGGCCAGAGAUUAACGCUGCCUGGGGCCACGCUCUGCUUCUGCUGUUUACCGUCGCCGAAAAGCUGGGUUUCCGCUUCGAGGGUUACGAGCUCCAGCCCAUGGGCUCAACAUCCCGCAUCAUACGCUACGACCAGCCCUCCCCGUCGUCCAGCCGGUCAGGCAGCACAUCGGCCCGCAGCGCCCCCCCUCCUCCUCCCAAACGCCACGUCCUCGAUCUCUAUUCGUCGGGUGACAUGCCCCUAGGCUUAACCUUUAUGCACCGCAAAUUCGACAACGCCAUGACGGCAUUCCUGGAACUGGUUCGCCAGCUCGGCGCCCAUGUGUAUGCUCAGACGGCCGCCGAGGGUAACCCCCUCAGCCUUCCUUAUCACAUUGACGGUGACAAAAUAGGGGAUGUGAGCAUCCGACUGGGUGGUGUGGCCCAGGAUGACGCGCAUGCGAGCAAUGUCAACGGAGCAACCGGUCCUUAA